AUGCCGCGUGUUCUCAUUGUGCUUCUUACGUACGAUGACCCCGAAUGUGGCGGUGCCGCGGAUGCCCUUGCGGAGCAUCUGCAGCGGGACUGCGCCGUGAUGAUGGACCGAUGUCAACUGACGGUGAAGCCGAUUGCCAUUUUGCAUAACGCGUCACACCGGGACGCCCUUUACCGAACUCUGCAGGAUCUCUUCCAGGUGAAGCCGCAGGACAUUUAUGUCAUUACCUUUUUAAAGGAAAACAAUUUUGAGGAGUACCGCAAGGUCCGAGAGUUGUGUAAUGGCGUGAAGCCCUGCUGCAUCAAACACCAGUUGUUGACGCAUGUGGCGAAUUAUAGUGAUGUUGGACUCAUCAUACGGAAUCUGGUGCGGUUGGUGCUAGAAGAAAUGAGGAGGGAGGUGUGA